AUGUCUUGGCGUGAACUGCUUCCCCCCUGGCUGGUGAUCGUAGCGGGACUGACGGGCAUCGUGCUGCUCUGUGUCUCCACUAAAGAUGUGCCCAUCACCCCUCUCAGGACCAAGUAUGGCAUUGUUCUGGAUGCUGGCCCAUCCCGCACCAUCCUGUUCAUCUACCAGUGGACCACCACCAAGGCAAAUAAGACCGGGGUGAUCAGGGAAUGUAGUUCCUGUCCUGUGCAAGGUCUGGGAGUCUCCAACUACACAGAUUCCCCUCAGAAAGUAGGGGAGAGCCUGCAGCCAUGUUUGACCUGGGCCCAGCAAGAGAUCCCGGCAGAGCAGCACAGCCAAACCCCGCUCUUCUUGGGAGCAACUCCCAGCAUGAGGCCGCUGAACCUCACCCAUCCCAUCUUCUCUGAUGGUCUCCUUGCAGCCCUGAAGUCAUCUCCCUUCAACUUUCAGGGGGCACAAAUCCUGUCCAGUCCAGAAAAGGAAGCAUUCAAUUGGGUUGCUGUUAACUAUGUCCUGGAGAACUUCUUCAAGUACGACUGGCGAGGACAGUUGGUUCCCUCUGGGAAGGGGCUGGCAGGAGUCCUGUCAGUGGGAGGAACCUCAGCACAGCUCACUGCCAAGGUGGAAGAGGAGAACCAGGUGCCUAAAGAGGGAAUGAAGCUGCAGCUGUAUGGACAGACACACAGUGUGUACACUCACCACUGCCCCUGCCACGGCACGGCCCAGCUCCGCAGCAGGCUGCUCACUCUGCUCAUUCAAGAUCAGAGAGGGGCUAAAACUGUGUCUAAUCCCUGCUGGCCCCUCUCCUACUCCCGGGAAGUGCAGUGGCAAUCUGUGUAUGCUGGGCCCUGUGCUGUCAGCAAGGACACACCAGACAUCUCUGGUCCUGAGGUCUUCAAUGUCACCGGCUCCAGCGAUCCCACUGCCUGCAUGAGGCUUGUGCAGAGCCUGCUCAACUCUUCCUCCUCCUGCAGCUUCUCCAAGCAUUCCCUCAGCAGUGUCUUCAAGCCCCUCCGGACCAGGUUUCUGGUGAUUUCUGAGGCCAUGGACUUCCUGAAAGAAACUGUGCCCUCUCCUGACUUGGGUCAGGCAGUCAACAGGCUUUGUGGGAUGUCCGUCAAAGAGCUGGUGAAGGAGUCCCAGACAAGCCUGGAUACACUUGCGGAUUACUGUGUUGUGUCUGCCUUCAUCUUCCACCUCAGUACAAAGGGAUACACCUUUGACUUCAACAGGUCUGUUUGGACUUCAUUCCAGAAGAAGAUGGGUGAUAGAUCCUCUGGCUGGACUCUGGGGUACCUGCUGACUCUGACCAACACCAUCGCCCAGGACAGCCCGAGCUUCCUCAAGGGGAUUGAGCCAGGGGUCUGGUCUUUGCUCCUCAUCCUCUUUGUUGUACUGCUCACUGGCUCUUUCAUGCGCAUCUCGUACCGAGUGAUGGUGAAGGAGAACAGCUUCAGUAACAGGAACAGCAGUGUCUUUGAUGACAACUGA